AUGGAUGUAAUUGACCUUCCCUUACUUUAUCCCACUUUGGAGAUAUCCUUUCAGCUGGUGCGGCUUCUUGGCACUUACCUUUUACUCAGGAUAGCUGAUAUCUUGGGUAGUGCUGUCUGCCAUUCAACAUGGCAGCGGAGCUCUGAGGAUGCUUUGCUUGAGCCUUCGAUCCAGGGCGGCACACAGCACGACGAGAGUUUCGACUACGCGACCAUGGACAUCAACAAGGACGAUGACAAACGCGGCGUUCCACAGUUCAGCGGCAAGCUAGACGAGUACAGAGACUACAGGAAGAGAGCCCUCCUUUACUUCAAUAGUCUAGAAGACUCCAAACAGAAUCUGGCGGCACCACGGUUAAUCUCGAGCCUCAGCGGGGCAGCCUUCGAGUGCUUCCGGGAACGGGACCCGGCGGAGUUCAGAACAGAUCGUGGUGUGGCCCAGCUUCUGGCGAUACUCGACGAGCGCUUCCAGUUCACUCCUGAGCAGGAGCUUUCAGAUAAACUUGAAGAUUUGCUAUUUCGGUUGCGCCGCCGCCGUGGCGAAGAGUCCACUUCCUUCGUGACCAGAUUCGAGACUGCCCUAGCAAAGGUAGAAGAACUGAUCACGGAAGAACAGCGAGUUGAGAGACGCCGACAGGGUGACUUGAUGAGGUCCGAGUUCCGUAGGGCCAGCCUGGAUUUCAUCGUCGCUCAACAGCAACAUCAAGCCACGGUCGCAGCUUUGCCGGAAGGAGCAGAGGCCCCAGCCGAACCGUUAGCACCUACUCCGCCCCGAGAACUUCCCCAAGUCCAGACUUUCAGAUUCCCCGAGGUGGUCAAGGGCUUCAUAUUCCUCAGGCACAUUGGCAUUUCACUUCAAACCAGAGCAUCGUUGCUUAGGUCAAGCGGUGGCUCCCUGCGCUAUGACAAGGUUGCAGACCUGCUUAGGCGUACCGAGCUGGAUGCCUUGGUUGCUAGCCGUUCGCAGGUAACCAGCCACGGCUUCUUUGCGGAUGUGCCUGAGGAGGAUGAUCCCUAUGAGGAGUCGCCCUUUGAAGUCGACGACGAAUACGAGCCCGAGGAGGAGUUUGGUGCGUAUGCUGAAGGCGAGGAGUCGGAGUUUACCGAGGAGACCCUUGAAGAAGAGGAGGGCGACGGUGAAGAGUACAGUGUGGCGAUGAUGGGCUACCUUGAGGCCCGCAAGAAGCUUUUGAGCUUGAAGAAGGCGAGGGGGUUCAAAGAGCCCGGAGAAGGGGCCGCACACCCCAAGGGCGGCCAAAGUGGCGGCGACAGAGAUCGGCGUGAGCAUCGAGACCGACGAGAACACCGAGAUCGGGACCGUGGCCGGCCAUCAACGCCAGCGCGAAGGCAGGAUUUCAGCUGGAAGGACAGAGAACAGCCUCGUUCCAGCCAGCGGCCCUCGGCGACUCGACGGCCGCGAACACCGCCGCCUACCCGAAGGAGCAAGGGCGCUGGCAAGGGCAAGUCAAAGGGGAAGAGCAGUCGCUCUUCUGGCCAUGCGAGGCGGGGUGAGCCACCAGGAUCGCAGUACCUCGGCAUGGCCAUCACUGAGCCUCGCCAGGAAUUUCGCUUUGUCCCUGAGUUCAGCUAUGUGGCCUACCACGCAGAGCGAUCGACGCCGUCUUCUUUGAGUUCCAAACCGAGAACCACUCCGGAGUUCUCCUUUGUGUCUCGGCAGUCCAUCAGCCAACUCGAGCAUUUUGUAGAAGAAUGUUUGACUUUGGAUCGGCUUCUGGGUCUUGAGCCAAAGUGUCCGGAAGGUUCUGAGUCAUGCUGUCUGGUAACUCCACCUGGAUAUGCCAUUCUCGACACAGGUUGCACUUCCACUUUAGUUGGGGAUGAGAAUGAGCGUUUGUGGAGUGAAGAGCUUAAGAAGCAAACAGGUGGAGCCUUAAAGCCGGAGCAGGGUGAUUCAGACAUAAAGUUUGAGGGCAUCAAUGGCGAAACCAAAGCCACCUAUCGGGUAAAGUAUCCUGUGAAAAUCGGCCCGAGGGAUGGUUUCAUUCAGGCUGCGGUCAUUCCAGGGAAGGCCCCCUUCCUCCUUUCUAUCCAGGCCUUGCGGGCCAUGCAAGCUAAGCUAGACUGUGCAAACGAUGUACUUGAAGUACCUGGCAUAGGGAAGGUGCCACUGGAGACCAAUGCCGUAGGCCAUUACCUCCUGCCCCUCCUCGACUUUUCCUCUGGACACGCCUUCGCCUCAGCCGAGGCGGGAUUUGGUCCGGACAGCGAGCUGAUCGUAGACGAAGCUGUUACCAGGCCUGAAUCGGUUGUCGUAAAUGGUCCUCCAGGGUUAGAUGUAGCGGGGGGACUAGGGGAAACAGCCACAGCUCUUGAUCCGGACCAAAGCCCAGACAUCGCUGAAUCCGAAGUCCAGCAUGUUCCCAGAUACAACGCCAUUAAGGGUCGAUCAGACGGGUAUGCCAUAGGAGCCCUUGUUCGUUUAGCCAAGGAGACUAAGGGGCCCUGGGUAGAUAUCCCGAAAGAAACUCCCACGUUGUACCUCAUCAUGGGUAAACAUGCGUUUAGUGCAGAUCGGAAGCCUUGGCAGGUGAAAGCAGCACAGAUCGGGUACCGAGCCAAAAUUUUUCGAAAGCCCCCAUCGCACCUACAGGGUGCUUGGGUCCUGGUCAUGUCUCUUGUAGAUCGGUGCCUGAAGGUGCUCAUUGACUGGACAGAGUGUGAGCGUUGUGCAGGGAGAUCAUUGCCUCCAACUGGUGAUGCGUCUUCGAAGUUUCUUUUUGUUUAUGCAAUUCCACCUGCCAAGGAUUCUCCAGUACCGAAGUCAAAAGUAGAAUGCGAACCAUCCUCUGUUUCUGUGUCGCAAGUUACUGCUGAAGCUUUUGUUGCAGCAUGUUCACUUGAAGAUUUGCACGCAGGAACAGCUGAUGUUGAGCGCAAUCCCAAGCCCCAGCAUUGUAGUGAGUUAGCGGACUCUGAGUCCUUUGUCAGCUGUGAUGAGUCAGACGAAGCUCUGCGCUAUGCUCACUGCAGCCCUCACAUGAUCGAGUCGUACGGCAAUGCGUCAGGGAACACGUACCAUUGCAGUCACUGCCGCACGAAGUGCAGGGAUUGCAAGGGAAGACUGGCUCGAGUUGUGAGGGCCACCGGAGAGAUUCAAUAUGCGUACCGCAAGGACUGUGCCGUGACGCCCAUUCCUGGACCAUCGACCUUUACCGUCCUCGCCGACGGAGAUUUGGUGGAGUCAGAAGGCGCUCCCGAGGCUUUGGACAAGAAGGGCACCGUCACAUAUCCAUUCAAUGUCCGGAAGAUUGCGUUGCACUCAGAGAAAUUGAAGGCCCUACGAGAGAAGGACCAGAGAGCUUCCGAAUAUGCUCUGGAGAUAGCGACUCAGAACCAGGCGCCAGUGCAGCAGGAAGUCAAGAGCUUGAAGACGAGUGGAGUCUUGACUGGACAAGCCUCGACAGGCCCGCCUGCCGGCUAUCCCAGGGCUCCACUCCCUGCAGCAACAGCGCCGUUCAGUCAUCCCAGGGCAUCGCCGUCAGUGGUGCCAGCAUCCUCAAGCACACCGCCCCAGAUGGAGAGCAUCAUGUCGGCCGUCAGGGAGAUGCUGGCCACAGAGUAUGCCGCCACGCCACAGAAACCGGACGUAAAGAUGGAGGACGAGAAGUCCAUUGUCUCCCACAUCAAGGAGCUGGAAGAGCAGGCUGCGGAGCUGAUGACGCGAGCAGCGUACCUGAGGCAACAGAUCGGCCUGCCAGCGCAUCAUUUCUUCACGGGGGUGACACAGUCAGCUCCAAGCCAGGGCAGCCAGGGAAUGCCGAAGGCCGUGGCCAGCCCUCAGUGGCCAGAAGCCGGCCCUUCCCCUAUGGGAGAUCCCGAUGCUGGCGAUACCUGGGAGGUGUUGCGGCUGCGUUGA